CCCGAGAAGUUAUACAUUUUGUCUGGUUAAUAAGAGCACGAAAAUUGGGAUUUCACUUGGAGUCGUAUAAUCCAACACUUGCACAUCAGAAGUUCUGGAAAAACCCAAACCCCUCUUUCGAAAAAAAAAGCAAUUCCUGUGGGCUUCUUGUGUUUUUGUUAUUGAAAACGAUCUGAUAAUGGUCCUAUACGUGCUAUAUGCAGCGGUUCUCGCGAAUUGCGCGAUGAGCUGCACUAUAUAAGAUAUUAUCCUUGGAAAAAUAAAUCAGUGGAUAGGUGCUACGAGUGCAGGAGUGAGAGAUUUGACGAAAUGAAUUUGUUAAUCUGCUCACUGGUAGCGGCUCAGGCUCUGUUUGCCACAGCACUACUUCAUCGCUACGAAGGGUGGCAAUCUCAUUUUACCUACAAAUUGAAAAGCUUCAGACAAUCGCUGGACGAAUGCGCUCACUAUCUAGAGAUUACCCCGGAGGAAGUCAGUCGGUUCGUUGCGUUGAAAUUUCUGACAAAUCAGAACAAAUUGAAGUGUUUAGUUCGUUGCGCUGGUAUCAACUCUGGAUGGUGGGAUGACAACGCAGGAAUACAGGGCCCCGUCAUCGAGAACUAUUUUCAGCCUGAAUACAGCGAUGUUGGUUAUCAUGUACGUACCCAGGAAUGUCUCAAUUUGAAAGUAACAACUUGCGAGGAUGACUGCUCGAAGGCCUAUGAAUCAUUUCUAUGCUAUUUUCAUCAAUACGGAACUCUGAAGUGUUCUGAAGAGUAUAUUCCACUUGCGCCUCCGGAGGCACUACAAGCUGCUGUCGAUUGUAUUAACAUUCUACAAAUCCCUCCUGAACUGCUCGAGCAGUAUAGUGCUGGAGAUUUCCCCGAUUCACCUGCCACCCAUUGCCUUUUCCGCUGUCUGUACCUGGCGGAGGGAUUGUACGAUCGAUGGUAUGGAUUGAAUUUGUUGCGUUUCUACAUUCGUCAUCACCGUUAUCCGUCAAUUGAGUUUCUGGAUGCCAACACGAAGUCCUGCACUAACGCCGCUCUCCAGGAGGAGUGUGAUGAAUGUGCUCGAAUAUACAAUGCGCGGAGAUGUUUCGCCGAUUACGGUAGACCGGGCUACACAAAUGAUAUUUUGAGAGGUGCAUCCUCAAUGGUUCUUGGGCCCAGCGAGAUUCCGAUCUCGAUCGAACAGAUGAUCAUCGAAGAACCACUCAUUGAGGAGGAGCCGAUCAUUCCGGUGCACACCGACCUGUUGUCUUAUUCAGACCAAGAACCUUUCGGCAAGUAUCGAAAAAGGUCUCCACAAUAUCCGUCACUUGCAGUGUAGCACCCCCCAGUAUCGUUAGAUAGUAGCAUAUAAAUAUCACCCACUGACCUAAAAAGUAUAACUUUAAAAUUGAAAUAAUAUAAUUUAGAACACAAAAAUGUUCUAUUUAUUGAAAGAACGAAUAAAGAGAUGUGUUUUGUUUUUUGGAAAAUAUGAGCUCCCAUAUGA